UGCUGACUGCCAUUUUAUCACGCCAGAUGGCGCAUCGUCGCCAUGGCCAUUGAAAACUGUCAUAUUCAUACGUUUAAUAACCUUUCACAAAGUAAUUUUUUAAUUUUCUCAAAAUAUGCCUCUUUGUGCUGUGCCAGGAUGUACUAACUCCGGUGUCCAUUUAUUUCCGAAAGAUCCAAAGUUAAAAAAACAGUGGGAGAAGGUUAUACGUCGCAAAAAUUUUGUGGCGACUUUGCAUAGCAGGUUAUGUCGGAAUCAUUUCCAAGAGUCUGAUUAUGUAGGAGAGUCAGCUUACACAGGAUAUCCUCAAAUAUGCAGGUAUUUAAAAAAGGGGACCAUACCAAGCAUAUUUCCUUGGUCCACCCAUGUGUCAACAACGCCUACAUCAAGAGCCCGUCGAUAUUUGGCAAGAAGCAGACGCCAAAUUGACUUCGGUCAACCAACUGUGGAUGAAAGUAUUCCAGAACCCUCUACGAGUACUGAAAUAGAAAUAUCUACAAUAAUAGAGUCCUCAACAGAAGACAUUACUCCAAAAGCAAUAUCUGUUAGCACUCAGUGUGGUAGUACUUUAGGAAUAUUAUCACUAGAAGCUAUGAGAGGCAAUAAUAAAACUAUUCAUUUUUAUACCGGUCUUGAAAACUAUGACAAAUUCAUGCUGCUCUUAGACACAUUAACUCCUAUGUGCUAUAAUUUAAACUAUUUGAGAAGUACAGUUAUGAAUGUUUGUGUUCGUGACCAAAUGUUAAUAACAAUGAUGAAACUUAGAAGGUAUUUACCAGAUUUUGAGUUGGCAUUUUUGUUUGGUAUUUCAGAAACUAAUGUUGCAAACAUUUUUAUAACAUGGAUCAAUUUUAUGUAUGAAAUAUGGAAUUUAAUUGAUAUUUGGCCCACUAAAGAAUUAGUUGAAUACUUUAUGCCGGAGGCAUUUAAAAGAGGUUUUCCGAGUACAAGAAUUAUUGUGGACACAACGGAAAUACCCAUUACAAAGCCUGGUAAUCCUAUAGCACAGCAAGUGACAUUCAGCAAUUAUAAACACAAAAAUACUGUGAAGGCUAUGAUUGGGGCAACACCUGGUGGUCUAAUAUCAUAUAUCUCAGAAUGUUAUGGUGGUUCUGUCAGUGAUAGACAGAUCAUAGAAAGAUCUGAGCUGGUUAAUCGUUGUGACAGUGGCGACUCUAUUAUGGCUGAUAGAGGUUUCAAUGUGCAGGAUAUAUUUGCUACAAAAGACGUUACUAUUAAUAUUCCAACAUAUUUGAAAGGAAAGACACAAAUACCUGGUAUUAGAAUAGUCCAGGAUCGAAAACUAGCAAGCAAACGAGUGCACAUAGAACGUAUUAUUGGGCUAGCCAAAACUUACAAGAUUUUAAAAAGUGAAUUAAGCCCAUACCACGUAGCCUUAUCAUCAAGAAUUUUAUUCAUUUGUGCUUUUGUAUGUAAUUUUAGAGAAAAUAUUAUGAAAUAAAAGCUGUUUAAUCUUAUAUAAAUUUUUUAUUAGACAUUAUUAUUCUUUAUAUAGGAGUUUUUUAAUCACAGCAGCUUUAAAGAAGUUGUGAUAAAAAUAAUCAAGUUUUUCUAACAUGUACUUAAUGAAUUCUUCAUCAUAAUCAAUGAAUAUGACUUCUAAACUUUUGAAGGUAUAAACCAAUAAGUUGCAAAAUUUCCUUUUUGUGACAUACAAUUGCCCUUGUAUUUGAUAGUAAUAUAUGUUGUUCUUUUUCAAAGAGAGUUUCCCAUUUUCAUAUUGUAGAUAUGGCACAUUUAGUGGACAAACUUCUUUGUUCCGCGAACUAUAUGGACAUUUUACUUCUAUUAUUGUUUCUGAUCCCAGUAAGCCAUCAGGGGAUGCUCCUAGGUAAGGACGUUCCUUACUCAAAAAUAACCCACAUUCUGUAAUUUCAAGAUUAAAAGUGUCCAUAUAUUUUUUCAUUGCAAUUUUUUCAUUUAUAUUACCAUGUGCCAUUACUUUGGUUUUUAUUGUAGUUUUAUGUAAGAUUUGACUGGAAUAUUUCAAUAAACUUUCAGUUUUUAAAUGGCACACAGUAUGAAAAAUGCUGGCUGUUAUAUGGGUUUUUCUGUAACUAUGCCAUUUUGGGUUAUUGCUUUGUCCUCGAGUCUCCCUUUCUAUUUCCAGAAUCUUUUGUUCUGAUACAUUUUGCAAUACCAUAGAUUCUAAAAAACAAUCUAUAGCACUUUUUUCCAAGUACUCAUGGUCCAAACAUAUGCUUCGUUGGCUGGCUACAGGAUAUAUCUGUUUUAUAGGCAUUGAUGACUGUGGAUAAUUUAGAAUCAUGGACUGGAAUCUGCAUUGAAAUGCCUUCUUGUCAAAAUCAGGGUUUUGCUUCAAGUAUGGCGAGAAGACAGUAUUAUUUAUAUCCCUUUUUGAUGGGAAUCUGGAAGCUCGUAAUGGAGUAGCAUAAUAUUUCCUUGAUGGCUUAUGGAAUGUCUGUAGUUGUGACGUAGAAACUUCAUGAAGUAUUAUUAUUUUUUGCUGGACAAUGUUUUCUGCUGCAAGAAGCACCACAGCAAUGUGUUUACAGUGGGCUUCAUUGCCUUCACCUGCUGCACAUUCACAGUUUGCCUCUUCAGGCAUUCCAUCGUUAUUUAAUUUGAUGUUAAUCUCGUAUUGAAGUUGUUUCAUGGAUGCCUUGCAAUAACCUGGAAGUAUAGGUAUAAUAAAUUUUAAUUAUCAAAUUAAGGCAAGUACACAAACAAAAUCUAAAACCACACUGUCAUACCACAAUCAAUAGUAGUUGCAUAUUAUUUCAGUCAUCGCCUUUUAUUUUCUUAUAUCCUACUAAUAUUAAAAAUGCAAAAGUAUGUUUGUUUGUUGGUUUAUUCAUUUGUCCUUCAAUCACGCCACAACAGAGCAAUGGAAUGUGAUUUUUUGUAUGGGUAUAGUUAAGAACCUGAAGAGUGGCUACUUUUUAUCCUGGAAUAUUGUGUGAGGAGUUUCAGUAGUACUUAAUCAAAAAACUUAUUCCACACAAUUUCCAAGGCAUCAGCUAGUUAAAAUUAAAUAGCUAGUCUAGUAUAAGUGGAAAUAAGCCUACCUUUUAGGUAAGUAUCUUGGCC